AUGGCGGGGCUGCUGAAGAAGACCACUGGCCUUGUGGGAUUGGCUGUGUGUAACACUCCGCACGAGAGACUAAGAAUAUUAUACACAAAGAUCCUUGAUGUUCUUCAGCAAAUCCCUAAAAAUGCAGCGUACAGAAAGUAUACCGAGGAGAUUACACAUGCAAAGCUGAGCAUGGUUAAAGCGGAACCAGAUGUUAAAAAAUUAGAACAACAGCUUCAAGGGGGACAAAUUGAAGAAGUCAUUUUUCAGGCUGAAAGUGAAUUAAGUUUGGCAAGAAAAAUGAUACAGUGGAAACCGUGGGAGCCAUUGGUGGAGGAGCCUCCUGCCAAUCAGUGGAAAUGGCCGAUAUAA